AUGGCGUCGCGUCGUCACCUGCAGCAUGCGGUCCCCGUGCCGGCCCUCCGCCGCCUGCUCGCCGCGUCCACCGCGCCGAUGGUUCCGCAGGCUGCGCCCGCAGCGGCAGCGGCGGCGCUGCAUGUUCAGUCGGCCGGCGCACACGCGCACGCGGCGAAUGCGCAUGCUAAGGAGAUCCGAUCCGCAUCGUACACAACCAGCAGCAUCAGCUCCCCGCUCAUCCCCGCUUCCGCCCGUUCCGCCUCUUCCGCCUCCACCUCGAAGCCUUCCGCUCUGCUCGAUUCCCGCGCGCCAUCCGCACAUCAUGGGUCUGCGUCCCUGCCAGGGAUGUCCUACCGCUGGAAGUCUGCGCGCAAAUACUCCGCCGCCGCCGCCGCCGCCUUUCCGCCCCACCAACCCGUCGCCAUGCCAUCGCUCUCCCCCACCAUGACGCAGGGCAACAUCGCCAAGUGGUGCAAGGCGGAGGGCGAGCAGGUGAACGCGGGCGACGUGCUGUGCGAGAUCGAGACGGACAAGGCGACGUUAUCAAUGGAGAGCAUGGAGGACGGGUACCUGGCCAAGAUCCUCAUGCCCGAGGGCUCCAAGGACAUCCCCGUCGGCACUCUGAUAGCAGUGAUGGUGGAGGACAAUGCCGAUCUCUCCAAAUUCGCCACAUUCACUGCUGCUGACGCCGGUGCCUCCGCGCCCCCUGCUGCCCCCGCUGCCCCUGCCACUCCUUCCGAUGCUGGCUCGUCCGCACCCCCCUCAGAUCUGCCGCCCUUCCAUUCGCUCGCCAUGCCCUCGCUCUCCCCAACCAUGACCCAGGGCAACAUAGUGCGGUGGCGCAAGUCGGUAGGCGACGCACUGGCAGCGGGCGAGGUGCUGUGCGAGAUAGAGACGGACAAGGCGACGCUGGAGAUGGAGGCCAUGGACGACGGCUUCCUCGCCUCCAUCCUCGUGCACGCCGGCGCCAAGGACGUGGCUGUCGGCACGCCCAUCGCGGUGAUAGUGGACGAUUCAGAGAGUGUGCCCAAGUUCGCCAACUACAUGCCGCCCUCCACGCCCGCCCAACCCGCCUCCACCGCCCAACCUGCUGCUGCUGCUGCCCCGGCUUCGCCUUCCCCCCGCCUGCUGCACCAGCGGCGCCAGCAGCAGCUGCUGCGCCUCCUCCCCCUCCCCCUGCGCGGGCAGAGGGCGCGCGCGUGUUUGCCAGCCCUGCUGCGCGCAAACUGGCUGCUGAACACAAGGUGGACAUGGCACUGGUGGCAGGGUCGGCGAGUGGCGGAGCAAAUGCAGCUGUCCAUUCAGACCGUGCCGCACUUCUACCUCUCGGCUGAUGCUCCCCUCGAUGCUGCUGCCAAGGUGUUGGAGCAGCUGAAUGCAGCAUCUGACGUGCAGGUCACCUCAACCGCCCUCCUCAUCAAGGCAGCAGCGCUGGCUUCCAAGAAGGUUCCUGCGUGCAACAGCUCAUGGGGUGGCGACUUCAUCCGCGAGUACUCUGAUGUUAACGUGGCUAUCGCUGUCUCCACGCCUGAUGGCACCCUGUACCCGGUCAUCAAGGCCGCCAACACCAAGGGCCUGGCCGAGAUAGCUUCGGAGAUCCACCGCCUCUCCACUGCAGCCUCGGAGAAGACCCUCUCCGAAGCUGACCUCGAGGGUGCGACAUUCACGGUGUCAGACGUGAGUGGAGCGGGGCUCAAGUCUCUGUCCGCCAUCAUCCACCCCCCUCAGUCGUGCUUCCUCACCAUCGGCGCUGCGCAAGAAAGGGUGGUGCCGGGCGCAGCAGAGGGGGAGUUUGCAGUGCAGCCCUUCGCCACAGUCACUCUCAGCUGCGACCACCGUGUUGUCGAUGGAGCCGUGGGAGCGCAAUGGAUGGGCGAGUUCAAGUCGUUGCUCUCCAACCCCAUCACCUUGCUCCUCUGA